AUGUCAGAUGAGCAUCUUUUGAAUGUCCAAGUCAAAGUGGUGCCUUUUUUUGAUCUUUUUGGAGGCUCCUGUUGCGACACUGGUAGCGUGGCAAAAAUUCAAAGAGAUGUUGAGUCGAAUGUUCCAGUUGAUUUCGAAACUUUAAUUGACUAUGAGUUAGAAAAGUGGUCAAAGUAUAAUGAAUCAUUUCAGCUUAUUAUAAAUACGAUGUUCUUGUUUGGUUUGUUCUUGUUAACAAUGUUAAUUAUUGGUGCGUUUAUAUAUGUUGUGAGGAAAAUUUUGAUCCAAGGCCUUCAACAAUGUUCUUCCAAUCGCUCCAUAAUAAAUCUUAGUUUGCCCCACGGAAAAGAUAGAGCAAGUUGCAAGAAUCGAAAUCAGUAUUCAGAAUCUAGUGUAACCAGUUCAUUACAUUCUAUGCUCAGAAAUCAACUCAUAGAUGCUGAUCUGCAACGUCAUCUUGCUGUCUCUCAAAAGCAACGAUCUAGGUUAGUACUUGAAGAAGAUGGAUCUAUUGAUGGGUUUCUACUCAAUACAAUUAGACAAGAAAACUCUCCAACCAUUUUAUCUUCUAACUUCACGGCUGAAGAUGAAAUCUUUCGUAGUGCAUUGGAAAGAACGAUCACAGCCUGCAUAUCAACGUCAAAAGAGAAGGAAACUGUGCACAAAGCUGAACAAUUGGCUAAGCCUGGAUUUUAUUACGACCGUGCACCUUCGUUAUUUCCAAUUUCUUCUUCUGAUUGUCACAGUCAUGAUCUUAUUUUACCUCGACACGAAAGCCCUCGGGAAACCAAAGAGCUAUCAUAUAAAUUACUUGAUCGAAAGCAAAGAAUUGUUUACAGACCUGGCGAACUGGGUGGGCUCUUUCCAAAAGUACAACUACAAACAUCCAACGAUAGCCUUGAUCUCAUCUCUGUACUAGAAACCCUGUUUCCUUGUAGCAUUCCAAAAUAUGGAGAUCUUAUUGAAAUAGACAGAAUGCUUACUGAAAUUCGACUACUUUUGAUGAAUGAAAUUAUCCCCCGGCAACCAAUUUCCGACAAGGCCACUCGACGCCUUGCAGCUGUGCGGUUUUUAUCUCUAUCUUUGAAUAUCAAGCAAAACCAAAAUCCAUUUAUAUUCCUACCUUCCUAUCAUAGGUUGAUUCAGCAAUUAAUAGAUACAGGGGCAAUUUUGGAUAUAUUUGAUAUAUGUCAGCCGCUACUCACGCACGCCAUCGUCGAAACCAUUACAGAGUACUGCAAAGCGAUGUGGAACUAUGACAAUGAAUUAACAGACAAAUUCCAAAACUACUUUAAUGCAUCGGGACUUAGACCAACCCUGCAACAACCAUUUCAAUGUUUCAAAUUUGUCAUAAAUAUGGAGCUAACGUUGAUCAACUACACUAAGGUAAGAAACGCUUUAGCGAAUUAUGCAGCUAAAAGCCCCACCAAAAUAGACAAGCUAAUUGUAAGGGAAGCAAUUAAACUGUCCAGGAAUGAAAACCAAAGGAUUUUUUUUUGCCAAUUAAUGACUAUGAUCAGGAGCAAAAAUGGGAGUAAUUACGAUUGUUUUGAUAGGUCUGAUAUCUCUGGAAGCCCUGAUAGCCCUAAAACACUGACUCGCAAGAAGGAGGGUACUAUUCUUGGUGAAAUAGCACAGAACAGAAGUGGACUUCCUGGUCAUAUUUAA